UAUGUAUCGAUUUUAUUGAAGAGUCGUGUUUCUCGCUCUCUCCACUCUCCCCUAUACAAGCUAGUCUCGACACAACGCGCAUGUUGUUCGUACUCUCAGCAGCGACUGACUAGCUUCAGGUACAAUUCUUGUUUGAAGGAUAGUAAAUCAUACGGACAGGUGCUUGGUGAUGUAUUAGUAAUUACUAUGAACUCGAUUCAAGAGCACAGAAGACUACAAUACUGUGACAUUUAACAAAAACAUCGUUAAAAACAGCUUGACGACAAUUUACCAGGAAAUGAAAUUGGUUUGAAGAAAGCUUUGUAAAAGUGUAUUAUUUUCAACAACAUCGAUUGUUAUCUGUUUGUGAAUUGUUCAAACUAAUUACAAGAUAAUUAAUCGAAUAUGUUUUCAUGUUGAGCAUGUGGUAACAAUAGUGUAUUAUUAUAAACUAAGAACGCUGUUUAUCUAAAGGGACAAACUUUUAUAUAAGGGAUGUUAAACUCCUCCUACAUCAAGUCGUAUUUAGUGUUCUAGAAAUAUUAACGUCCGCUUGAACCUGUGGUGAUAUCGCAGACCAUAUUGAACUAUUCUAUAUAAUACAUACUAGAUGUUAAACUGGUAGAGCCUACGAUACCCAAUAGUUCUAGUCCCCGUCGCACAGUUUACCUCUCAAGCAUGACUUAUUACUAACAAUAAUAACAAUGUUUCCAUAUUCGAUUUGAAUGACAACAUUUAGAUUGUCCAACUGAUUAUUGUCAAGCGGUGAUUAUAAAGAUAUCACACACUAUCUAUAGGUAUCAAAUAUUGAUUUAUAGGGUUUGAAUCAUACUGAUUGAUAUCACCAUGACCAAAGCUAUAAUAAUACCCCAAGUUUAUUAGAUCUAUCAAUAACCUUUGAUCAAAUGAUUAUGUUUAAUCUUUGGUCUAUCUCAUAUCAUCUAAUUGAUCAGUGUUUCAUUGGAUCGAAUCAGGUCAUUAGUGAAGCUGGAAAUUAGAACUGAAGUCGAUCGGGGACCGGAUCUGUAGGAUUAAUAGACAAAUCUCUUACCAUUAGCAGCCAUUCUCGGUGGGAAAUACAGGUCUGAGCCUUUGUUACAUCGUUUAAUACAGGUUAACGAGUACGUUAUAAUCCUUUUAAUACGUGCCAUUUCUUGGUUGCUUGUGAAUAUUGCUAGAUUCCCGUUAGACCUCGAUCGAUUCUUCAUAUUGUAAAAUCAUUGUGUUUGAAGCAGAGCCAGGAAACUAUUAUUUGAACAUUAAAAUUGGCUGUGAAAAAAAUCUGCAUCCGGACAAUCCGACACGUUUAUUGUUCGUCCCCUUUUGUCGGUUAUAAUUACACUUAGAGAAGAGUUUCUUAAAAUGGAAUGAGACGACCUCGAGUGUAGAAUUAUUUUAUAGGACCAACUAGUUUUGGAUUCUUCGUUCAGGUGGAGACAACAGUGUCCAAAACGAAGAGGAGCCGUGGAUACUUUCGCGGUUUGGUUUAUUGAAGGUAGCAGUUCAUUGACUAUUUUGUGGCUGUAAUGUGUGAUAUGUCUGUUGAGACAACAUCGACGUAAGUAAGGUCUUCGAUAUAAAUCGGAGAAUCAUUUUAACUAGACACUGUAAUUUGUCCAGAAUCAUUAUUCUAUAUUGAUAUUGACGCACAGACACAGAAUCCGGGAAGAUAAUAAGCUGUUAUCCCGGUUUUAGCUUUUUGUAUAAACGGAGGAAAAACGUUUUGUGUGGAUUUGAGAAAAUAUAUAACAUAUUAUUUUGUGAAAUGCGUUAAUAGUAAAAAAUUUUGUUUUAUCUUUUAUCGUACUGGGUUUCAAGAUAUUCGUAUACAUGAAAACAUGUUCACGUAAUAAGAGUUGAAUGCUCCAGGCUGUUACAGAGAAUGAUUAAAGGAGCUAGAUUUAAUAUCUUCAGUUAAAGUAUCAAAAUACAUUUCGUGACAAGUAGCUAAAAUAUCAACGUAUCUUAGCUUGCUGCAUCUUGUCAAAUGAUAAAACACACCAGUCUUGACAAAUAAAGAGGCUUAUUUCUGCUGACAACCAAGUUGUUUCAUAAAACAACUGAUAGGUUUUCAGUAGGAACUGUGAGUGAAAAAAACAAAACGUAUUUAAGUAAUCAGUGUGUGUUUUAAACAGAACAGCAGUUUUGUAAAAAAAAAAAAGGAGACUAAUAGCAAGACGUUUAAGAAAAUUUGGAUUGAUGGACGUUAAAAGGUGUGUGAUUAUUUAUUUACGUUCCGUUAACCAAAGACUGAGGAAGUCGACAGGACAAACGGAUGGCUGCAAUCAGAAAAGUGCUUGACUCUAUAGUAUUAAGAUCUAACAUCACCUGGUUUAAAAACCCAGGCGAUAUCAACGCUCGACAGUAAAUAGGACGCGUCGCAGCUAAUAAAAGACAAUUAUAUGCUGGCAGUCACUAAUUGACAAGGGGGCAUUGACAAGAAACGCACCUUUUUCAGUGGAAAAAAGGAGUUUGCGCCGAUUGAUUGAUUGAUUAAUAUGGCAAUGGGACAGUGUCGACAUUAAAACAUUUUACUCAAUCUUAUCAAGCAGAAUCUAGUGACCUAAACUGUUUAAUAACGAUUCAGCUUUAUUGAUACAAUAUAGAAAGGUGGGCGCUCAAUAUCUCUCUCUCACUUAACUAGUUAUUAUUCGAUAAAAAUUCCUACUGAACUGACAUCCCGCUAAGGAGAAUAUGACAUUUGUGAAAUCUUUCUGAAUAUUUGGAAAUGUGGUAAUCGUCGCCAUGAAUUGCAAAAUAGACAUUUGUUGACAUUUUCAUGUGAAAUGAUUUCAACUGGGUCUUGGCAAGCAAUUUGAUGUUGAACAUAAUACGUUUGAGUGUUUCAUGAAUUAGAAACUUUAUUUCCCCUGUGGUUACAUUUGAAAUGCAUUAAGCCUUUUAAUAAGUCUAUUCAGAAAACAGCAAUCAUCUGAGAAAUAUGUUUAAUGUUUUAAGAAAGUAAGUGGGCAAGAAGACGACACGUAAUAUUACUGACAGAUGAAGUGAUUAUCGCUUUUGAAACACACAAUUUUAAGAAUAACAUAACAGGUUAUUGUGGAUUGUGUUUAAAACAAUUGUUCAAAUCGGGCGAUAGACAUCUUGUUGUUUUUUCCUUUCCUUUAAAACUGUUAACAAAUUGGAGCGGUUCCAUUAAAUUGUAGCGGUCCCAUCAAGAAACAAGUUUCUAUCAAACAACACUUCAGAUUACCGACAACGCUAAAGUAAGUUGUCGUCUGCUUAAAAUUAAAAUGGAGGUUGUGAAUUUAACGACGACAGAUAGUGCCGGAUUGACAGCCAAGGAAACAAGUUCCACAGGAAUGGAGGAUACAAGUUUAGCCAUCGUGUGUAUCUUAGCCAUAUUAAGUGUUUUCGGAAGCAUUGGCAAUGGAUUGGUAUUAUACGUAUUCUCUAGAAAAAUGGAUAAUGUUACAUCGACGGUGUUUAUCUUGGCAUUGGCGGGAACGGAUUUGAUAACAUGUCUAGUGAUAAUGCCGUUCACAGCCGUCGCUAUCAUCCUAGAAAACGAACUGAAAUACGAUUUCUUCUGUAAGCUCUACCAUUUCCUUAUAACUUGUAACGUUCCAUUGUCAGCCUUCAUCAUGGUGGCCAUCGCCGUCGAUCGCUAUUUCUGCAUCUGUAAACCCUUUCUACACGCCAUGAAUCUGCGGAGAGCAAAGAUCGUAGUCGUUGUUUUGAGUUUCUUUGCUUUUAUUUUAGGGACUGUGACUACGUUAGCUUACGGCGUGUACUACCGGGAAACGGUUACCCACACAAAUCAAACCCUGAAUACUACAAUGAGUGAUAGUGGUGCUGGUAAUUCCAGUAUUCAAGUCACCAACGUUACAGAGACUCGAAUAGUUUACAGAACAGAGUGUAACGGUAAUUAUCUGCUGAUAUCACAGUCAGUUAUAAGUGUCUAUCAGAAAAUAUACGCUUCAUUGUACCUGCUAUCUUUCCUCAUUGUAUUAGUGCUAUAUAUGAUCAUCUACAGAUCCGUCAUCAAACGACGUAGAUGGCGCCAGCGACAACGUUCCGCUCGCCCUUCCGGUAAAUCUGUGGCUAGUUGUGUGACGGAAGUGGAGGUCAUGGAAUUACCUGAAAACAAUGGCGUCUCAUCAGUGAAACACGAAGAAUGCGUACGUUUGAACAGUGAAAAUCGUAAAUCAACCAAAGGGAAGAGAGACUAUGACUUUUUGGCCAAUAUUCGAACGGCGGCCAUGUUGUUUGUGGUUACCAUAGUAUUUAUAAUAGCGUUUUUACCGUCGUGGCUGAUGGCGCAUCGACUGAUAAGCUUUAACAUAAUCAUUUUUUAUAUGUACUUUCUUUAUAACGUGGCUAAUCCUGUUAUAUAUUCGUUCAUGAAUCAAACCUUUCGCAAGGAAUUAAAAGCAAUGUUCCAAAGAGGACGGAAAUGCGUCGUGCGUUAAGAAAUGGUGAAUAUAUUAUUAUUACAGACGAGAAGGAUUGACAUCUUGUAUCAUAGUUUGUUAUAUAGAUAUUUAAUUUUGUUUUAAUUGCGUUUCGUUAAAACGCGGAUCAUACAGUCGGUGUAUUUGUAACAAACCCUACAGUUUAGUUUAAUAAAACGGGCAAAUUUUAGUUCACAAAGAGUUCGGAAUAUCGAGGUUCAACUGUACAUAUUCGGAGAAAAAUUUUCUUUUUUGCAAAACAACUGUUGUAUAAUAAUAUAAUAUACUCCUUAAACUGUUUAUAAUUUGUCAGGUGUUUCCAGGUGUCUUUAUGUCUAUAUAGUCUGUAUAUAAUAUUGAUUGUUGCGCGAGGGGGCCGAUUAAAUAUCGACCCGGAACAGUUCCGUGUUGCUGUUUACAAUACCAACAUUGUUAAUAUCAUCCAGGUAUAAACUGCUGCUGAAUGAUUGUCUGAGUUGCAUCAAAUUUCCAAAACGUAAAAUGAUCAAUUCAGAAUUUUACAUAUUUGGUUAUAUACAGGUCCAUCGGAAAUAUUCAAAUUAUAUAGUUCGCAAAAUAAGAAACACGUGUAUCGAGCCAUCGUUAAAAUUUAUACCUGUUUACUUUCUCUGAGGGAGUUGUACAAAGGUUUUAGUAGUUUUGAGGACAUACAAGACGCCAUAUAAUGCUUAGUCUUAGACGUGUCUAUGAUUAUUUUGUGCAUAUGAUAUUAUUUAAAAUUAUUGUGUUGAUGAGAGUGAGAAAACCUCUUUAUGCUAAGGUUUACGAUUAUCUUCUAUGUGGUAAUAUCAUGAUAAUUAUCACAAAGCAAUAGGUAUUUAAUGCAGGUGUGUUAAUUAAAUAGGUAUUUAAUACAGGUGUGUUAAUUAAAGAUGACAUAGAUAUAAUUUUUUUAAUUAGAUAUACCUCUGUGAUUUAUUAAUGGGGAUGUAUUUCACAUUAAGAUUUGAAAGAAUUAACCAAAUUUGUUUUGUUUUCAUUUUAAAAGUUCCGUGAUUUUUUUUUGUUUGUUCGAUAUUAAAGCCAGUGUCAAACGGAAGGGACAGCGACAUCGAUGUCGGCACCUUCCCGGUUAAGGCUCCACGGUCAUCAAGCUUGACAUCUGCAAAAAUAACAAAAUUUGUUUCCUUUUUCUUCUUUUUUUUUUAAGAAUUCGGUUAUUUUUAUUUUUUGCUCGAUGUUAAAGCCAGCGUUGGCGGCAACUUCCCGAUUGAGAAUUAUCGGUCAGGAAGGUUGACAUCUGCACCAAAAACGUCAUAAUUCCACGACGUCUUCAUAUGAAGCCGGGGGACCCGCAUAGAAAACCAAGAAAGGAAAUAACUUUUCGGGGUGAUAAUUUCUCCAUGUUACAUCCCACCCUGGACCGAUUUAGACAAUGUAUUGUCUAAACUAUUUUUUUUUUUGAUUUAGUUAAGAUAACAUUCGUGAUUGAAGCGAACUCUAUGUUGCUGCCCUUGACUGGAAGCACCAACAUUACAAAUUUGGAAACAUUACAAUCGUGUUUAAUUGUGUUGUGUGAAAACCCAGUAUUUUAUAUGAUUAUGGAUAGAUUCAACCAAAUUAUUAACAGUAUCUGUAACGCUUCUGUAAAGUGCGUCUAUUGCAGUGGGUCAGAGAGAGAGAGAGAGAGAGAGAGAGAGAGAGAGAGAGAGAGAGACGCAAUCAAGGUUUUGUCGGGAUUAACAUAUGGUUUAAUUUUAUUUCAAUUAUUCGCUCUCACGUCGGGAGGAAACCGAGGGUUCCGAAUAGAACCCAAGAUGUAUAAGGUGGAAAUCUAAACCACGCCACUUGGCUCAAUGACAGGCCAUAUUAUUAUCUAAAGCGCACGCGUUAAACAUCCCCCUCCCACAACACUAUAGGAGUAAGUAGACUUCAUAAAUAGACAUAUAGGGACGUGGCAGCGAAAAAGCAAAAGUACAUCAUCUCAGAAGCAUCCUUGAAAGUUGGAAUUCGAACAAAUCACACUGUACGGCGGGUGAACCGAUUGGUUCAUUCUGUGAUCUGAUUGAAUCUCUCGUAGUCGUGUACGGGGCAGGAUAUGUUGUAUUUUUAUAGAAAACCCGAUAACGCUUCUCAUGCUUUGCGAAUACAACCAUGAAUCAGAUAGUGUACACAGAUUUCACCUGGCAGCACCGCUAAAAGAUUUUAUGCGAAAGGAGAACCAGGCGGUAAAUGUGUGGAAAUGGACCAAAAUUAUGAACAUUUUGUUUAUACAAAAAAUGUUGCUUAGCUUUCAAAUUGCCUUGCAUUUUGUCUUCCAUAUUGACCGAGAAUGAUCAGACUUUAUGAUUUGAUGUAUGGAUGGUGUGAAAUAUAUAGUGUCGGAUUGAAACUGUUGUGGGUACAGUAGACAUCGCUAUAAAUUUAUAACAUAGGUCAUAGGUCAGUCGACAGAUGUAUGGAACACCAAUAAGGUCAUUAAUCGACAUUUCUAACAAUUUAACAUCGAUAUCUAGUAACAAUUAUUAACUUCAUUUUUGAAUAGAUCAAAUAGUUUCGUUUUUACAAUACGAAGUCUGGGUGGGAUCAAAGCAUGACAUCAAAGCAUGACCUUGAGGUGCAGCAAUUAAGAGAUCCCCGUCAGUUGCAGGGUACCCUGGGAUUUAAAGCCAUGUACUUUCAUUUGUAAAUUGUGAAUCUAAAUUGUCUAUGUAAACGAUACUCCUUAUAAGAUAUAUAGAAAACAACUAUAUGGAUAUACUACUUCUGAAUUUAUUAACAUGCUAAAUUUGUUAAACAUCUUUAUUUGCUUGAAACCGAUACCUGUAUGUGUAUCGAAACAUAGCAUGUUAAUAAAUCCUGAAGUUGUAUAUCCAAAUAGUUGGGGGGGGGGGUAAAAGAUGUAUAUAUUUGUAGAAAAGCUACUAUACUAAACCGAAACACCGUUGGCCUACUAUAAACUAAUGGUUGCCGGUCCGCAACAAUUUCCUAGACUUGGAUCCCGCAGUACCUCUAGCCCUGUGUCUUACAGAAUCUUGAUCUGUAGAUGAUGGCUCUCUUCUGGUGUUGGCCGAGAAAGUUGAUCGGUAUUUUCCAAAGUGGUUCCUCCUUGUCAGUGGUGUAGGACGGAGGGCCUGACAAGGGCCAACGUACAGUUGUUCGGGUGCGAUGAUCUCAUCUACACAUGGGCGUGCACAUGGGAGAUCCCUUGGUAGUUGGAAUUCGAUAUGAGAGUAGGCCGUAGUAUCGGUUUCCGGGCAAAUUGGCACUCAUAGCACACUGUAUGCGUAUGCCCGUCUUCAUUAUCCCAGUUGAAGCAGAACAGUAGGACAUUAAACGCCAUUUCAUUUCAGUAUCAUUCGAUUAAUGGUCUGUCUGGUUUUCCAUAGAUAUGCCUUCUAUGUUUACUGGUAUUAUUUAUAUGUAAAUUCCAUUUUGUGAUUAUAAGCAUAGAAUAUUAUUAAAAUAUCUUAAAUUA